AUGGCAGCCAUUUUAGGUAGUCCAUUACCCCCUGUUGAGCACGCUAUUAGCGUUAGUUUACCCACCUGGAAAGACCACACAGACUAUGAAGAGGGUGCACCACGAGUCGUUGACGCAAUGGUUACUGGCUAUCCGAGAUUCUUUAUACACAGAAAAAUACAGCAACUUUCUUCGAUUAUUAUCACAAAAUUCGGCAACUCUGACUCAGAAUCUUGCUUACUAUUUCCUAUCAACAAAUGGGCUGAAAUGUGUAGAGACUUCAUUAUACCAUCGGCGAAAUCUGCUAGACUAGCUCACUUAACCGUCUGCGAUCCUUCGCCAGAUCCCGCAAUUCCUUCAAUUGAAGUGCAUGCUGUCAUUUUCAACAAGGAUUUCUUUAGUCUAGCUAAACAGUUCUGGCAACACACAGGCUUAGGUGUUAGUUCGAGAUUAGCUGAGAGAGCUUUGGAUUGUCUUGAAGCGAGUGAAAAAAUUAGCCCAACUGCAUUAUCAAAGUCUCCUUCUUCACUCUCAAAAUCACCUACAUUAACAUCACCGCCAACUUUCCUUAGAACUGGUAGUCGCAAUAGAUAUAAUAGCAACAAAUCCAAAUUCUCACAAACUUCUCAGCCCCCUACACCUGGUGGUAGUGAUUUAGUAGCUGGAAAGCUUUCAAAUAAUGCUUUGAAACAGGCUGAUGAAGAUAAUAACCAGGACAUCUUCGAUAAGGAUCAUGCUGUUUAUGUGGAAGAAAGAUAUGGUAGAAACUUACCAUUGGCUUCUGCUCCAUUAGCUAAGCGCGCUCUCAAGAGGCGUAUUGCUGGUGUUGUUAUUGACCCACAUGUUGAUGCCGCCGUUGGACCUACCAUCGAAUCUGAACGUGGUGCUGGUCUCACUGAAGACGACGUUUGGUUAACUUCUACUGGUAUGGCUGCCAUUUGGUUGACACAUCAGGCAGCUAUGACCUGGAAAGGUGCUGAAACUGGAAAAAGUGUUUGUUUUGGAUUCCCUUACACUGAUACUCUCAAGGUUCUCCAGAAAUGGGGGCCAGGUGCUCACUUUAUGGGAAGAGGUGAUGAUGCUGAUUUAGAACACUUGGAAGAGAUCGCGAGCAAAGAACAACUUCUGGCCGUCUUCUGCGAAUUCCCUGGUAACCCUCUAUUAAAGUCUCCAGACUUAGCUCGCCUUCGUGAAUUAGCUGAUAAAUACGGAUUUCUGAUAGUAGUCGAUGAAACUAUUGGUAGCUUCAUGAACAUUGAUAUUCUACCAUUAGCUGACGUCGUCGUAUCAUCACUCACGAAAGCUUUCUCUGGUGAAACUAACGUUAUGGGUGGAAGUAUUAUCCUCAAUCCAGAAGGAAGUCACUAUGAAGAACUUCGUGAUCAUAUUGUCAACAUAUAUGAAGAUAGCUAUUGGUUUGAAGAUGCUAUCUUCAUGGAGAGAAAUUCACGUGAUUUCUGCAAUAGAGUUAAGAAAGUGAAUGAAAACACCGAGACACUCUGCGAUUGGUUUUACAAUCUUUCCGAAUUAAAUGGAUCUAACGAAGGCGUUAUAAAGGAAGUUUUCUAUCCUAAAUAUACAACCACUGAGAAUUACAAUGCACGUAAGAGAGAAGGUGGUGGAUACGGUGGUUUAUUCUCCCUCACCUUUGGUAGUAAAAACAAUAGCAAGGAACGUAACGGAGAUAUUGCUCGUAUUUUCUUUGAUAAUCUCGACCUUGCAGCUGGUCCUUCAUUAGGGUGUAACUUUACAUUGGCUAGUUGUUAUGCCAUUCUCGCCCAUUACACUGAAUUAGAUUGGAUUGAAGAAUACGGUGUUGAUAGAAAUCUCAUUAGAUGUUCUAUCGGUUUGGAAGAUGUUAACACUUUGUUAUCAGCUUAUAAAUUUGCCUAUGAAAAGGCACUCGAAUUUGUACGUGAUUAG